GUCGUGUACUGGGGAGUCACGACCAAACUGACUACGAUACAGGCAGACUUUGCAGCGCAGGUGCAUUGUCACCGUGUAUGGAACGGUUGAGCCGACCCCAUUCCCUGGUCUGCGCGAAGACCGGCGCCUCAACCUUCCUGCACAAUAGGAUGGUUCGCGUGCUGUUAAA